AUGCUACUGAUGAAACAUUUUGAGGAACAGAGAAAAAUGCCCCAUUGGAACUGUAGAAUAAGAAAUAUUCUCAUAAUUUCUCUCUCUGUAAAGGAAAUUACAAACCUAACCAGCAUCUCUGACUUCCUGCUCCUGGGCUUCUCUCAACACCCUGAACAGCAGCCUCUCCUGUUUGUUCUCUUCCUGGGCAUGUACCUAGUCACUGUGUUAGGGAACGUGCUCAUCAUCCUGACCAUUGGCUCUGACCAUCACCUCCACACCCCUAUGUACUUCUUCCUGGCUAAUCUGUCCUUCAUUGACACCUGCUUCUCCUGCACCAUUGUGCCCAAGGUGCUAGUGAGCCUCCAGACACAGCACUACACCAUCUCCUACACUGGAUGCCUCCUGCAGAUGUAUUUCUUCAUGGCUUUGACCCUGCUGGCCGUCAUGGCAUAUGACCGCUAUGUGGCCAUCUGCCUUCCUCUCCACUACACCUUGAUCAUGCAUCCCCAACGCUGCCUGCUCCUGGUCACCACCUGCUGGCUCUGCUCCCACCUCCUGGCCUUCUCACUCACUCUCCUUGUGUCUCAAUUCUCUUUUUGUGCCUCCCAUUCUAUCCCACAUUUCUUCUGUGAUCUUCUCCCACUCCUUCAACUUUCUUGUUCAGACACCUGGAACUUCCAGCUCAUGAUGUUUGCUGAAGCAGCCCUCUCUGGGGUGGUGCCCCUCACCUAUGUCCUGAUUUCUUAUGGCCACAUCAUCCACACCAUCCUCAAGGUCCCUUCAGCUGGGGGCAAGCACAAAGUCUUCUCUACCUGUGGAUCUCAUCUAACUGUGGUUACUGUUUUCUAUGGAACACUCUUUCUGGUGUAUUUCCAGCCCUCUUCCUCCUACUCAGCUGAUACUGGGAUGAUGGCUUCUGUGGUAUACACAAUGAUCACCCCCAUGAUUAACCCCUUUAUCUAUAGCCUGAGAAACAGAGAUAUAAAAGGGGCUUUGUGGAGACUCUUUGGCAGAGAUAAGGUCCUUUAUCUCCUGUCAUUCCUCUCUUGCAAGGAAAUUACAAACCUAACCAGCAUCUCUGACUUCCUACUCCUGGGCUUCUCUCAACACCCUGAACAGCAGCCUCUCCUGUUUGGCCUCUUCCUGGGCAUGUACCUGGUCACUGUGUUGGGGAACCUGCUCAUCAUCCUGGCCAUUGGCUCUGACCAUCACCUCCACACCCCUAUGUACUUCUUCCUGGCUAAUCUGUCCUUCAUUGACACCUGCUUCUCCUGCACCAUUGUGCCCAAGUUGCUGGUGAACCUCCAGACACAGCAUUACACCAUCUCCUACACUGGGUGCCAUGUACAGAUGUACUUUUUUAUGGCAUUGGCCCUACUGGAUGACUUCCUGCUGGCUGUCAUGGCAUAUGACCGCUAUGUGGCCAUCUGCCUUCCUCUCCACUAUACCUUGAUCAUGCAUCCUCAACGCUGCCUGCUCCUGGUCACCACCUGCUGGCUCUGCUCCCACCUCCUGGCCUUCUCACUCACUCUCCUAAUGUCUCAAUUCUCCUUUUGUGCCUCCCAUUCUAUCCCGCACUUCUUCUGUGAUCUUCUCCCACUCCUUCGACUUUCUUCUUCAGACACCUGGAACUUCCAGCUCAUGAUGUUUGCUGAAGCAGCCCUCUCUGGAGUAGUGCCCCUCACCUGUGUCCUGAUCUCUUAUGGCCACAUCAUCCACACCAUCCUCAAGGUCCCUUCAGCUGGGGGCAAGCACAAAGUCUUCUCUACCUGUGGAUCUCACCUGACAGUAGUUACUCUCUUCUAUGGAGCUGUCUUUCUGGUGUAUUUCCAGCCCUCCUCCUCUUACUCGGCUGAUACUGGGAUGGUGGCCUCUGUGAUAUACACAAUGGUUACUCCUAUGCUGAACCCUUUUAUAUACAGUUUGAGGAACAAGGAUAUAAAAGGUGCUUUGUGGAAAUUUCUUGCCUGGAGUAAAUGCACCAACCCGUGA